AUGGAGAUAAAAGUUGGAUGUAUCUCCUAUGAUGGACGGAUGAGUAUAUCCGUGGAAAAUGUGGUGGAGGAUCACUUGGUUGUUAACGGUUUUGUUGAUGGUUACACCAAAUGGGUUUUCCACGGGGAAGGGUUUUCCUCUAGAAAUGCACCUCACCAAAGCAAUGAUGAUGAAGGUUCUAACAUGCGUGAUGAUAUUGAUGGAUUACUUCACGAUACCUUUAGGAACGUAGAAUGUGAGGCAGAGCAGGAAGAACAGAUGAGAGAGACUCUAUCUGAAGAUGCUAAGAGAUUUUUCAGAUUAUUAGAGGAAGGCAAACAAGAACUAUAUCCUGGGUGUGAAACCUUCACUAAAUUGAGUUUUACUAUUCGGUUGUACGUGUUUAAAUCCUUGCAUGGAUUGAGUAAUGUGGCCUUUUCAGAUAUGCUAGAGUUGUUAAAAGAGGCAUUUCCCUUUGCUCAGUUGCCAGAAUCUUUCAACAAGGCUAGAAACAUGAUAAAAGAUUUGGGUCUUUAUUAUGAAAAAAUACAUGCAUGCCCUAAUGAUUGCAUGUUAUUUUGGAAAGACAAUGCAAAUGCCGAUAAUUGCUUUGUUUGUGGGGCUUCUCGAUGGAAAGUUGUUGAUGCUUCCUUAACUAAUACAAGCUCUAAAGUCCCAGUAAAGGUUUUAAGAUGGCAUGCUAAUGAACGACCCACUGAUGGGAAUAUGAGGCAUCCUGCUGAUGGAGAAGCUUGGAAGGAUUUUGAUUCUGUACACCCAGACUUCUCCAGAGAUCCACGUAAUGUUAGGUUGGGUCUUUCAACUGAUGGUUUCAACCCAUUUCGAACCAUGAGCAUUUCUCAUAGCACGUGGUCUUCAUCUAUAGGAAAUGAUAUAGAUGUGUAUCUACAACCAUUAAUUGAAGAAUUGAAGGAACUAUGGAAAACUAGGAUAGAAACAUAUGAUGCUGAGACAAAGCAAACAUUCCAAAUGCGUGCAGCCUUAUUGUGGACAGUUAGUGAUUUUCCAGCUUUACCAAUGCUUUCAGGCUGGAGCACAAAGGGUAGAUUGGCAUGCCCCACUUGUAAUUACGACACAUGCUCACGAUAUCUCAAACAUAGUCAUAAGAUGUGCUACUUGGGUCAUCGAAGAUUUUUGCCUCUUGAUCAUCCAUCGAGAAAAGAUAAGAAGUCAUUUGAUGGUAAUGAGGAGCAUAGACAUACUCCUACUCCUUUGUCGGCUGUGGAAGUGUUUGAAGAGCUCCGUGAAGUCAACAAUGUCUUUGGAAAGGGAAAAAAAAAGACCUCGGGAUAA